ACAGUUCACCUUCAGGGCCGGCGUAAGUUUGUCCGGUGAGUGAAUGACUGUUAGAUUAUUAACUAUAAAUAGCUGCAAUAAUGAGGAUUGUGGGUAGCAGCUGAAGGACACAGAACAGUCCGCUCAGCAUUUACAGGAUUCAGACAGAGAUUAAAAGUGAUUCAUACACUCCUCAGAUACAUAUCAGACAGAUGUAUAAACAAUGCUGAAUACAUUUGACCCGGUCAUCUACUAUCAAUAAAGGUCUACAUUUAGGAUCCAGCACAUUUAGAAACCAAUGACCCUUUUAUUUUUAGAUAGCAUAAAUAGAAACUGGCACAUCAUAGUGCAUUUACUUCUCCUGACGCUACAUAAUUCUGUCCAGCAGGGGGCGAUAAGGCGCCCUGCAGCAGCUUUCUCAGCCGCUAUCAAAGUUAGAGGAGUAAGAAGUCGUACCGUCUGCAGACUGCACACAAAAACAUAUUUAUGACAAAUUUCUUCCUCACUUCAACGACACCGGAGCCAAUAAACAAAUAAGAUGCCUUUACCUGUGCAGGUGUUUAACUUUCAGGUAAGUUUCACGCCGUCUCAUGGAGGUUAUAGGAAAGAGAACAUGAUGCAUCUUCACUGUCAGUUGUUGUUGCGCUAGUUAGCUGUCAGCUCACUCGCUAGGUUAGCUUUGGAAACUUAGCUGCCGUUAAGGGUCAUGAAUUAAUAACAAACUCAUAUAUUUUGUGUCACGUAACGGCUUUUAUUUUCAGAUCGUUUACUAAACAGGACCUUGUUAGAUUAAACGGCACAUUUGAGGCUUAGAGUCUGAUAAAAGGUCAGUGUUUUUCGCUAAGGGUACUGCCUUUACCGAACGUCAUAGAGUUUUUUGGUGAUUUAAUCAAGCGACUUGCAUCAGAAAUUAUCAUAUUUAGUAAAACGGUUUAUUCUUGUCGCAUUAAAUUGAGCCGAAUUUAGGGAAAAAUACUAAACAAACAUUAAAAGCUUCAAUUUUGUUUAUAAAUGGGUAAAUAAUGAUGUAAAGUUAAUCCUGAUGAAACAGUCGAAUUUAAAUGGAGUUUGGCUUUGGAGGCUAAAAGCUAACCGGAGGCCUCUUGAUGUCCAACGUGAACAUCUACAUCGGCGCCAAAGACAUGUAGUGUCCGUCUGAUUAAGGGCUGUUCAAUUAGAUUUUUCACCCAAAGUAAGUAUUAAAGAGUGAUCGGUAAUGUUUGUUUAUAACUCGAAGCCGGUUGCUAACCAGAGCUAACACUGACAAGCCAACUUCCUGUUGUUAGCAGUCUAAUGCAGCACGAGCUUUAGCGUUAUUAAGUGUCCAAUAGCAGGGGCGUUUCCAGACUUUGAGGGGGGGGGGGGGGGGGCAACAGGUGUGCUGUUUUUUUUUGCAGGGGUGGCUUACAGUAUGUUUGUGUAGUGAAAUAAAACUAGUUAAUAUUAUUUAGCUUUUCUACCUCCAUAAAUCAAUGACAGAUUAAUUUACAAAUCUGAACAGCAGCAUGCUAACACUCUGACCCUAAAACAGCUGCAAGGAUUUUUUUUUUUUACAUUUAUGAAGAAAGCUAAAAUUCAUAUUGAUGCCAUUGUAUGUUAUAUUAAAGCAAACAACACUAGUAGCCACAAGACUGAGCAUGUUUGAAUCAUAGUUUUCAAUGUCUAAAAACAGUGUGAGGGGGUGGGUGUCAGUAAAGCAGCUGAAGAACCAACCCUAUUUUUACAAUUAACACACAAAAUACUCACACCAAACGACACACUUAAAUGUCAAAAGUCAACAGGAUGUCAUUUUUUUUUGUCAGAAGAUGAGUUCAGCAUGUCAAGGACAAAAUAAGAAAACAUGGGCAUGUCCACACAGGGCUCAAAAAUGGAUGCAAACUAAUACAUCCUCCCAGGAGCUUUAAGGGUGGUAAUGAAACAUUUUAUCAGCAGUGUUUUAGUACCAAAACAUUUUCAAUAAGUGGACUUACAACAGUUCAACAGCAUGCAGGAGUUUCCUCGUAUUUUCAAGUUUUGGUGGACAGAGUGCUCUGCUGAACACCUGUCCUACUGAACAGCUGUUUAAGGUCUUUUUCUGCAAUUUAAAGUACCAACAAAAGGUAAUGUGCUAGAUUAAAACGCAAAAGAAACUACCAGCAACCUGUUGCAGGACUAUCCCAAUAGUCUCCUUCUGCAGACAAUAUUAAAACAACAUGAUUUGUAAGAUAUUAAAGGACUCAACACAACGUCAGUAUUGUGAGAUUUGGAUGUAGAGGCUGUUGAGUUGUAUGGACCUAGACAAAGGAGCAUAACUUCAGCUGCCUCCAAACCAAAUCCAGCACCUGCUCUCAUGUUUUUAAGUCCUUCAGCGUGAUACUGCUGUGAAACCAUCAGAGAAUAACGUCUUCGUUUUCAGAUUUACCUCCUCGUUCAUGUCACCAGCGCUCUCUCCACUUAUUUCUGUAUGUUGAUCAGUCUCUCACCGCAGCUUCUGGUUAAAAAUAUGAGUGAUGGUCAAACUUCUUAAAAGGUGUCAAUGCUUUCUAAUACUAAUGAAUGAAAAAAUAACAGAUAUAUUAUCAUUUUAAGCAUGUUGUAUUGAAAAAGUUCCACAUUUUAACAACCCUAAACUACCUUUACGAAUCAAACACACUCAUUUGUCACAUAUCUGGUGUUUCAAGACAGAAGACUUACUGUAAAUACUUGUUUUCUUCAGGUAGCACAUUUUAUUCUCUGUGCAGCGUCUCCAAUACAGUCAUCCUUAUUGGGGAUGGGUCCAGGGUUAAACGUUAGCUGGUAUUUAUGAGCCAAAAGCUGCAGUUGUCUGGCAGACGAAGAUAUCAUCAACCAAAAUGUCAGACAGGAAAAAUGCUCGAUAAUACCAACCAAACUGGUCUGAGUGUAGGACUUUAUUUUGUGAAAAAGGGGGAUUGUCUUAUAUUUGAACAGCAUAUGUUCAUGACAGUGAACUGAAGCAGCUGAUUUUUUUACUUCCACUUAAUUACCCGACGUCACAUUUGACGUCAAGAGUGGGACCUGAAUGCUGCAUUAAAACAAAAGGUUGUGAAGCUCUCUACCGACCUUAAAAACACACUGUCCACAGUUUUUAUUGCGCCUGUUUGUCUCACCAGAUUGUAGCUGCAGUGUACAUAAAAGCUGUUCCACACCAGAGUCAGUGACAGCGGUGUAGAGUUAAGGAAACUGUCUGAUAUUCGUUCACCCAGACAUCUUCAUAACGUCUGCUCACCUGUGUACCUGCUGUGUGUUUCUCUCAGGGGUCUGUGGAGCCAAUGCAGAUCGACGCAGACCCUCAGGAGGACCAGCAGAACGCUCCAGACACAAACUACAUCGUGGAGAACCCGACACUGGAUUUGGAGCAGUAUGCAACCAGCUACAGCGGAUUAAUGCGUAUCGAGAGGCUGCAGUUUAUCGCCGAACACUGUCCCCAGCUCAGAGUGGAAGCUCUAAAGAUGGCGCUCACCUUCGUCCAGAGAACCUUUAACGUCGACACAUAUGAGGAAAUCCACCGCAAACUGACAGAGGCCACACGGUAACACAGCUGAUUGAAUUGUUUGGUUUUUUGUCUUUGUAACAGUUGUUGUGUCCUGAUUUUUACUCUCUCUGUAGUUAAACUCUUGAAGAUAAAUCUCCCUGAUUUAGAAAAGCCCACGUGUGAUUACUGCCCUGUAUUUUAUUGUGGGUGUGAAGUCACUGAACAACUUAUUCAGAGAUAUUUCUAACGUGUGGGAGAUGUUUUUCCAGUUUUUCCGAGGCAGUGAGAUACAAAUCUAACACAGAGUAUUACUGUCAUGCUUGUUUCUGCAUGUAGAGAAGCACAGGGUGUACCUGACACGGUACCUGAAGGUGGGGCUGUCCCUCCUCCUCUGGACUCAGCCUGGGCCGAGUCGACCAGGAAAAAGGCUCUGCUCAAACUGGAGAAACUGGACACUGACCUGAAGAACUACAAGGGAAACUCCAUUAAAGAAAGCAUCAGGUAUGAGAGAGAGAGGAAAACCUAAUAUCUCUGUUUUAAGUCUCCGAUUUCACGUACUUUAAUCUGUAAAAAGUUGAAGAAAAAGUCAGUAAAUAGUCUGGCCUACUUUUAAUCCAAAUUUAAGGUCAAAGUACAGUCAAGUUCACUGAGACAUAAAAACACCUCCUGAUCUGACAUUGAUACCCGCUUCACAGGAGAGGCCAUGACGACUUGGGUGACCACUACCUGGACUGUGGUGACCUCAGCAAUGCACUCAAAUGUUACUCCAGAGCCCGAGACUACUGCACAAGCGCUAAACACGUCAUCAACAUGUGUCUGAAUGUCAUUAAGGUACGCUCAUUUUGUUCCAUCUGCGUGUUUUUCAUCUAUGACGUAUUUCUCAUAUUGUACCCCAGCUUUAAAAAAUCACCUAUCAUUAAUUUAAAGGGGUUAUUCAUCUCCUCGUGUCUCUUCUUCAGGUCAGUGUUUACCUGCAGAACUGGUCCCAUGUGCUGAGCUACGUCAACAAAGCAGAAUCCACACCUGAGAUAGCAGAGGUGAGGACAGGGGUCAGGGGGUCACUCGUCCGAUCAGAGAGCGAGCGUCGAAGUUUGAUUUUCAGCCUCUUACAGAGACGAUGUUGACUCUGAUUUUUUUGUUUGUUUGUUCAGCAAAGAGGAGAACGAGACAGCCAAAACCAGGCAGUUCUUACCAAGUUAAAAUGUGCUGCAGGUGAGUCCGGGGAUCAAACAACAACAGACACUCUGCUGUGUUUCUGAGACUACCCGGAUGAUGAAGUGCGUGAUAAAAUAAAAGUGUGUGUGUUCUUGUGUGUGUUCGUUUCAGGCCUGGCGGAGUUGGCUUCUCGGAAAUACAAACCUGCUGCUAAAUGUUUCCUGCAGGCGUCUUUUGACCACUGUGACUGUCCAGAAGUGAGUCCUACGAGUCAGGUGCACCACAGUCUGAUUAUUGUUUCCUCAGGUCUCUCUGAGAGCUGUUCUUUAUGCACGUUUGGCCUUUUGUCAAUAAUGAAGCCCAGAGUUUAGUUCACUCAGAGCCAAAGCUCUUAAACACCAGGCUCACGAGUCUCUGUAAUUUCAAUCAUCACUAAGACUUGGAUUGGAUAUGGAUUUUUUCAUUGUGUUUGCUGCUAAAUCCAUAAUUCUGUUCUUAUAUCUGAGCUCUAACUCAGCAAAGAAACACUGUUAAUGAGAAUUUAACUCUAUAUGUUCUUUUAUUUAAAUCAAUCCUGAUGAAAACCUUCAUUUAAAAACACUAAAGUGCACUGAUGUGAGGUGUGUGUGUGUUUGCAGCUCCUCUCUCCUAGUAAUGUAGCUGUGUAUGGAGGUCUGUGUGCUCUGGCCACAUUUGACAGACAGGAGCUGCAGCGUAACGUCAUCUCCAGCAGGUAGGGGGCGGUAUAAGUUUAUUCUGACUGUAACGUAUUAUAGAUGAAUGUCAGUCUGUGUUUUAAAAUCUGUUUCUCAGCUCCUUUAAGUUAUUCCUGGAGCUGGAGCCUCAGAUCAGAGACAUCAUCUUUAAGUUUUACGAGUCAAAGUACGCGUCCUGUCUGAAGCUCCUGGACGAGAUGAAGGUAAGGACGCACACCUGUACGUCUACGUGCAACUGUGUGAGAUUAUGAAGCUCUCACUGGAGUUUCUCACAUGUUUGUGUGCUUCUCCUGCAGGAUAACCUCCUCUUAGACAUGUACCUCGCUCCUCACGUCAAGACUCUGUACAGUCAGAUCAGGAACAGAGCCCUCAUCCAGGUAAGACCACCCACCUGGUUUUAGUUUACAUGAAAACAUGAGCGGAAAGAGGGACAUCUCAGAGCCUCUAAAGUACAGUUAUAGGGGUCCCUUAUAGAUCAGGGUAUUUUUAGAUAAGUUGUACUAAAUCAUGUCUGUGAUGGGUGCGUGUUUGUGUGUCUGUGUGUUCAGUAUUUUAGUCCAUACGUCUCAGCGGACAUGACAAAGAUGGCUCAGGCCUUUAACACCACAGUCGCUGCUCUGGAGGACGAACUCACUCAGCUGAUCCUGGAGGGACUCAUCAACGCCCGCAUAGACUCACACAGCAAGGUGUUAAAACCCGCACACAGGAACAUCCACACAAGAACAUGUACGUUUUUUUUUCACAUUUGAAUCGUUGUGAACUCGCUCUCUCUCUCUGUUCGUGUAGAUCCUGUACGCUCGGGAUGUGGAUCAGAGGAGCACCACGUUUGAGAAAUCUCUGCAGAUGGGGAAAGAGUUCCAGAGACGAGCCAAAGCCAUGAUCCUACGGGCCGCUGUGCUGAGGAACCAGAUCCACGUCAAGGUACGCAACAGACUCCUAAUUAUACGAGAGCGAUAGAGCGGAUGUCCUGGAUCUGAAGUUUAAUCUUCAUUUGAACUCAAACUUUUAUCACACCCGGCUGUCUGAAGUAGUUUGCGUUUGAUCCAGCAGAGGGCGCCCUCAUCGUAACCCGACCAUUGCAUACACACUUGAGUCUGAUAAAUUAACACAGCGAACAAUCAGCAACACCAAAUUACGGAAGGAUUUUGGGUUUUAAUGCAUAAAGUUCUCAAAAUAAAAGACAAAGACGGGGCUGUAAGUCGACUUUGUACAGAGCAGCCGUCUUACUUAUCAAUGACGACAAACAUCUGCGCUCGUCCGUGGAAGAGGGACGGCAGUGAAGCAGCACGUCAGCAGGUAAUAUUGUGAAUGAAAAGAGAGCCUCACUUGAUCUUGAUAGACUUGUUUUUUUCUGCAAUAGUCAGAUUGUCAAGAAGCUGUUUGUUAAUCUAAAUUUUGUUAAAUUUGGGGUCAAAAACACUGAAAUUUUCUUCUAUUGCCUGUAACUGGUGUCUCACAUGGUGUCUUGUUGGAAAGGGAGGUGUGCCUGAUCAAGAAAUGUUGAAAUAACAUCUGAAAUAAGAGCUUUAAAUACAGAUUCUAGCAGAACUGAUAUGACAAUGUCUCCCUCUUGUCUCCCCCCCUCAGUCUCCCCCCAGAGAGGGCAGUCAGGGGGAGUUGACUCCAGCCAACAGUCAGACCAGGAUGAGCACCAACAUGUGAGGAGGAGUCUGCAGGAGGAACAGCCGCAGACCGAAGGAUCAGCCGUCAUUCGUCAACACAAACACCCCACCAUCAUCCCCGCCCACCCACCCACCUACUUCCACCUCCACCCCCGUCUGUCACCUACAGAACCGACACAAAUCCACAGACUCUGUGUUCUCUGUCAGCUGAUGCUCUUUGGUUACAGUCUGAGGAUACAUGUGUGAAGAUAUUCAGCUCUUUGUUCUGUUCAUGAUGGAGACCGACCCGCCCACCUGAAAACAAGGUUUUAAAUAAAAACACACCUACCAAACACCGAAUCACUGCUGGUUUUUAAUCACACCGUGAAAAAAUGAGAACAUAUCAUAUAAAAGUAAAUUAUCAUUCAUGUUUUCUUCUCAUUGGAUGUAAAUAUUAAUAAAUUUAAGCCUUUUUGUGGUUGUAAUUUUGAUGGAUUUGACUUAAACGUCGUAAAAAUUAGAAAUACAGAAUCUCAAAUUAUUGGAAAAGGAAAAAAGGAUUUGAAAUCAGCAAAAACAGAAAAAAAUCAUGAAAACUGUUUGUUGUAAUAAGGGGCAGUGAGCACUAGGUGGCAGUGUUGCAGAAAUUAAGUGCGGCACUGACUGAUAACAGGCUGGAGAGUUGUUUAAAAUCUAAACUGUUAUUUGCUCGUAUCCUGACAGUUUAACGUGAAAACACUGAAACUAAAAAGUGACUCAUUAGACAAACUAACAGGUCACAUUUUGAGAUGUUUAUUUAGAUUUAGGUUAACAUGUCAAAUUUUACUCACUAACACAUUAAUAUGACAACAGAUCACCUGUCAGAAUAUGAACCUGAAACUGAAUCAAAAUUAACCUCCUAACAAGUUAAAAAUCAAGUGAUAUUUUCAUAAAUUUACACAUAUCUUGUCGUGUUCACAAAUAAGAUAAUAUUUUUCAAUACGUUUUAAUUUGACCUGCUCACAGGUUUACAGUCAUGUUUUUUCACUUGUUGACUGAUGAUGUUUGACAUGAAUAUUGACCGAUUCAAUAUGUUUAUUUUUGGACAUGUGAGCAGGUCAAUGAGGUUAAACAAUGAUCCUUUAACGGGUCAAACUCUUCAACUAAAUAUCAACAAAUCAUCGUGACCUUUUUCAAACAUGACCUGCUAAAUAUCACCUGUUAACAGGUCAUAUUUGGACGUGAUUUUCCCUCAUUAAUGCCCCAUGAUUUGACAAGUUAACAGGUUAUAAUCGUCAAGUUAACCGUCUGUAUUUGACUUGUUGAUAGGACACGUUCUAACACAUCCUGUUUUGAUGUGUUUACUUGAAUUUUGUAAAAGUUAAAUUAAUAUCUGAUAUAAUUAAAGAAGGAUAAAAUUCAACAUGAGCAAAACUUCCAUCUUUGAAUCUUCUCAUUUCAAAAUAAAAAAUACUUUCUGUCUAAAAAUCCCUCUAAGAGUUCAGUAAUGAGAGUUUUCUGCAAAGUUAGAUGUGACCCUUCGAGUGAACGGUUCGUUCUUAAUUGCUCGUUAUACUGAAGAAAAUUUCCAGGAGGAAGUGUCUGUUUUUGUCAAAGUUAUCUGUCACUGAUGAGUUAUUGAUCUGAGUCUGUAAAUGUUUCUCUCAGUCUUCAGUCUGAGCUCUGGACUGUGAGGCACUGAUCACAGAUCUUUACCUGAAACUUUCCCUCAGAUCUGAUUCGCUGAGCAGAACGCAGACGGCAGAUUAAAACUGACGCUCACAUCACACCCGGAGCAUUCAGAUUGAAACGUCUGCACAUCAUCUUCAGAGCGAAGCGAAGAACAAAAUGUUCCUGAAAAUGAGAAAGAGACGAGAAACCGAGAAAUACAGAGGAGAGGAGCGGCCCUGAUUUUCUGAGGAGGGUUUAAAAUAUACAUAAAAAUAUGCAAAUGUGAAAUCUUACAUCCACGCUGAUGACAAUAGAGGAUUGUAGAAAUGAUCCGACCCUGAUGAGCUGUUAUCAGUGUCAGAAACAGAACAGACUGAACAGAUUCAUCAGGAAAUAUAAAAAACAGAUGAUUUCACAGCAGCAGCGGCAGCUUCUGUCUGAACGUUUCAGAGUCACAGAACAAAAAGACUCAAAGACAAACAGGAGGGAGGACGUCUGUCAGAAACUUUCAGAUUAAAAACAGCAAACUGACAGGAGACAGAGAGACAAAAAAGACAGACGGAAACAAAGACGGUCGUGUCAGGAGGAAAGAAACGACAAGUCACAAAUGAUCAGUCAAAGGGAGUCAGGCUUUAUACCUCUGAACACACACACACACACACACACGCGUUCAUCUCUCAUCAGCUUAACGUAAAUCCAACCAUCUGAAGGCCGCACUGAGUCACAGGAGUCCGUCUUUCUGCAGAUAUUCUCGCUCCUCAGAGGAUGAAUCCUGUUAUUUCUCUGACCUUUAAAGAUCAGAAUCAGACCACAGAGUCCCCUGAUGAAAAACACCGACCACAGACCAGAUGAACAUCUUUGUUAAAACGAACAAAAACAUGCCGAGUUUACUGAAAAUUAGCCGGGCGAUUAGAGUUAAUCAGUGUGGUUAAAAUGUCCAACAUUAAAACAUUAAUUCUCUUGAAUUAUGUGCUAUUUGCUCGUCAAAGUUAGAGUUGCUGCUGUGAUGGGAAAUAACGACACCCUUCUGCUUUUGAGAGGCACAGUUCACAGACGUACAGACCGAUUCAGCUGCAUCACAAAAACCAUCAGAGCAGUUUUCUGGAGCACUGGCAUCCCCUCAGACCCUGAAAAAACCCUAAAAAUAAACCCUGUAUUUCACAGAUUAAACACAAACUCUGACUCAUCGUUUAUUUGAACAUUAAAGCUCCUGUGAGGAGUUUUUUGACAUCUGUAAAAUAGACUGAAAUUCAUAUGAAUGCAUUUAAAUCAUGUCCAAAAGCAAAAAAAUUUAAUGGCUCUAACUGGUAUGAUGGGGAUAGGAGGCAGUUUAGUCACAAUAAAUGAUUCAUAUGAUGUGUCAGAGGUCAGUAUAGUGAGGUUAUUGAGAAGUAAAGACUGAUAUGUCCACAGGGGGCGCCAAAUCUGAUACAAACUGGAAGUUCCUGACGGGAGCUUUAAUCUUGUCAGAACAGCUUUCAUAAAAACACAGAUGUUGUUGGAGAUACCACAACAGUAUUGGUUAUCUUCUUGUAAUUUCUUAGAUUUAUGUAUUUUUGACCACAUUAGGAGUUCACAUUUAAAGACAGCGAGCAUUACAAAUAUUAACUUUAAGUUUGAAAUCUAAACCUGAUUUCUGUGUUUCUUAAUCCAGUUUUAAUCUCUGUUUAACUCCAGAGACUGAGAGGGAGAAUAAUUUAGAUUUUAUUAACAGACAAAAUCAAUCAGUGCAGAUAAAUAGUCCAUGCAGUACGUUCAGUUUAUACACACUGUUACUAUGUGUGUGUGUGU